CCACCAUCUUGUUGUUCUGGACCCAUCUUCCAUUAAACAAAUUGCUUCAAAUUUUCCAACCCUAGUUUUAUUUUCACAAUUCUUUCAAGUAAAAUCAUAAUAAAACCCUUCAAUUGUGCAUACCUACUACUCACAUUAAAAGAAUUAUUUCAGUGAUCUCCUAAGAGUUCCAUUUGUUGCACCUCAAUUGGAAAAAGAAGGGAACUUGGAAUCUGGGUGUUAAAUUUUCGAACACUUUCUAUGGGGAAUGAUGCAAGGUCACCGCAGGGUCCAGUUACUUGCGGGUCGUGGAUUCGGAGGCCUGAGAAUUUGAAUUUAGUGGUGUUGGGAAGGUCCAGACGUGGCAAUUCUUGUCCUGCUCUCCUCGAGAUUUUCUCCUUUGACCCUAAGACCAUUUCUUUGUCUACCUAUCCUCUGACCACCUAUGUGUUGGAAGCAGAGGAAGGUAAUCCUGAUGCUAUCGCAGUUCACCCUAGUGGGGAUGAUUUUGUGUGUGCUUUCAGUAGCGGUAACUGCAAAUUGUUUGAGCUGUAUGGCCGUGAAACAAACAUGAAGUUGUUGGCUAAGGAACUCACUCCUCUACAGGUUAUUGGUCCCCAGAAAUGCAUUAGUUUUAGUGUUGAUGGGUCUAAAUUUGCUGCUGGUGGGUUGGAUGGACAUCUCAGAAUUAUGGAGUGGCCAAGUAUGGGUGUGAUUUUGGAUGAACCGGAAGCACACAAAUCAGUCCGGGAUAUGGAUUUCAGUCUAGACUCAGAAUUUCUGGCUUCAACUUCUACUGAUGGGUCAGCAAGAAUCUGGAAGAUUGAAGGUGGCAUUCCAUUGACUACUUUGUCUCGCCGAUCGGAUGAAAAGAUUGAACUGUGUCGAUUUUCCAAGGAUGGAACCAAACCAUUUCUAUUUUGCUCCGUUCAAAAAGGUGAUACUUCAGUCACUUCAGUUUAUGAUAUUAGCACAUGGAAUAAAAUUGGGCACAAGAGGCUGAUUAGAAAGUCUGCUUCAGUAAUGUCCAUUAGCCAAGAUGGGAAAUACCUUUCUCUGGGCAGCAAAGAUGGAGACAUAUGUGUAGUUGAAGUAAAGAAAAUGCAGAUAUACCAUUAUAGCAGAAGACUGCACCUGGGUACAAAUAUUUCAUCACUUGAGUUCUGUCCUGGGGAAAGGGUUAUGCUGACAACCUCGGUAGAAUGGGGAGCCCUGGUCACUAAGCUGACUGUACCUAAAGAUUGGAAAGAGUGGCAGAUCUAUUUGGUGCUUUUGGGACUAUUUUUAGCAUCCCUUGUUGCAUUUUACAUAUUCUUUAAGAACUCUGAUUCAUUUUGGAAAUUUCCCAUGGGCAAAGACCAACCAGCAAGACCUAGGUUUAAACCUGUCUUAAGAGAUCCCCAGUCUUAUGACGACCAAAAUGUUUGGGGACCAGUUGAUAUGUGACAACACUCAAACUCUUGAAUUAGUCUUCAGUGCUGUGCUGUUGUAUCAACAUUUAUCUAAGCCCUUGUAUACUUUGCCACUUGACUGAUAUUACAAGCAUUUACUUCUAUUUAUUGAUGUGUAAUUUUAUUAGAAUCUUUAGGAAUAAUCAAAUGGCUUUCUUAAAUUUGAAAAUUCCACUUAUGAUGUUUUGUAUUAGCUGCUAUGUGAUGGAUCCAUUGAAGAGGCACAUCUUUGGAUA